GGCAGCGGCAGCUGGGACUGCAGCGACGCCCGGUCCCGAGAGUCGCAGGCAGCGGCCGGAGCGCGCAGCCGAACGCCCGGGCCCCAGACGCCGCGGACACCACGAGAGGCAGUUCCGGUGCCCUGACGCCUCCCUUGGUCCCCAGCGCAGCCCCAACCCCCUCCGCAGAGAAGUCGCAGCGUGAGCGCCCCUCGGCCGGCCCAGGACCAGCUACGGGACUAAGGACCAAAAUUUGGGCACCGAGAUCCUCCAUCUCUGCCCCCAGCUAUGAGCCGGCGCGUGGUUCGGCAGAGCAAGUUCCGCCAUGUGUUUGGACAGGCGGCAAAGGCUGACCAGGCCUACGAGGACAUCCGUGUGUCCAAGGUCACAUGGGACAGCUCCUUCUGUGCCGUCAACCCCAAAUUCCUGGCCAUUAUUGUGGAGGCUGGAGGUGGAGGUGCCUUCAUCGUCCUGCCUCUGGCCAAGACAGGGCGAGUGGAUAAGAACCACCCACUGGUCACUGGGCACACUGCCCCUGUGCUGGACAUCGACUGGUGCCCACACAAUGACAACGUCAUCGCCAGUGCCUCAGAUGACACCACCAUCAUGGUGUGGCAGAUUCCAGACUAUACCCCUAUGCGCAACAUUACAGAACCCAUCCUCACACUCGAGGGCCACUCCAAACGUGUGGGCAUCCUCUCCUGGCACCCCACUGCCCGGAAUGUCCUGCUCAGUGCAGGUGGUGACAAUGUGAUCAUCAUCUGGAACGUGGGCACUGGGGAGGUGCUUCUGAGUCUAGACGACAUACACCCGGACGUCAUCCACAGCGUGUGCUGGAACAGCAACGGGAGGCUGCUAGCCACCACCUGCAAGGACAAGACCCUGCGCAUCAUCGACCCCCGCAAGGGCCAGGUGGUGGCGGAGAGGUUUGCGGCCCACGAGGGAAUGAGGCCCAUGAGGGCCGUCUUCACGCGCCAGGGUCAUAUCUUCACCACGGGCUUCACCCGCAUGAGCCAGCGAGAGCUGGGCCUGUGGGACCCGAACAACUUCGAGGAGCCAGUGGCACUGCAGGAGAUGGACACAAGCAACGGGGUCCUACUGCCCUUCUACGAUCCCGACUCCAGCAUCGUCUACCUGUGUGGCAAGGGCGACAGCAGCAUUCGGUACUUUGAGAUUACCGAGGAACCACCUUUCGUGCAUUACCUGAACACGUUCAGCAGCAAGGAGCCGCAGAGGGGCAUGGGCUUCAUGCCCAAGCGGGGACUGGAUGUCAGCAAGUGCGAGAUUGCACGGUUCUACAAGUUGCACGAAAGAAAGUGUGAACCCAUCAUCAUGACUGUGCCCCGCAAGUCAGACCUGUUCCAAGACGACCUUUACCCAGAUACGCCGGGCCCCGAACCGGCCCUAGAAGCGGAUGAAUGGCUAUCCGGCCAGGACGCCGAACCCGUGCUCAUCUCGUUGAGGGACGGUUACAUGCCCCCCAAGCACCGCGAGCUGCGGGUCACCAAGCGCAACAUCCUGGACGUGCGCCCGCCACCCGGCCCCCGCCGCAGCCAGUCAGCCAGCGACGCCCCCUUGUCGGGGAGAGGACGGCUUCCUCGCGGCACUCCCGCAGGAGAACCAACCAGAGAACUGGCAUGAGGAAGCAGGUUCACACCUCCCCCCUCCCAGACACACACACACACACACACACACACACACACACACACACACACACACACACACACACACACACACACACACACACACACACACACACACACACACACACACACACACACACACACACACACACACACACACACACACACACACACCCAGCCCUGUGUUGCGGCCUUGACUCUAGGAGGAAAACAAGACGUACUGAAUGAAACAUUUUACCAAGUGCUCAGUCUGUGCCUCCUGCAUGGGUGGGGAUGCCAGACCCCCAGCCUCUGUAAAUGCCACCACCAGACUCCUGGGGGCCCUGACAAAUGCAACACUCGGCUCAGGACCCAACAGACAUCCUCUUACUUCAGAGCCCUCCCCACACUGAGGUUCAGAAGGAACCCUCAACCCGCAGAUGGGCGUUCUUCCCCAGUAAAGGCAGGUAGGAAAAGC